AUGGAAUCACCUGAUUUAAACGGUCAACUAAAUGUGGACACGGGCUCUGCUAUUUUUCAAGAAAAGCAAAGUUUCAGGAUAAAAAUCCCAGAAGAUGGAGACAAAAAUUCGACAAACGAAUAUCCCAGUGCUAUUUAUACUUCCCAGCCUGAUCAAGGAGGGCAGAUUCAUAUGAAAUCUUCAUUGUUAACAACGGAUUCUGUAAAAUCGCUAUAUCCAACUCAUUUGACAAGCAGCGAUGUAGAAGUGGGUCGAGGAAUGUUUAUUGAUGGAGAUGCACCAGAUUUUCCGAAUCCUUCGACCUUGUCACAAAUCUAUCGAGAUUCAGGGUAUGAGAACUUGUCCAAACUGGAUGGCAUAAGAAAUAUAGCAAAUGAGGUCAUUUUAGCGUCAAAUUUACUCUCAAAUGCAAUUGCUAAUUUGAGAAAAUAUGUACCAUAUAACUCAGAUGAUUCGUUUCUAUCAGAUACAAAUAUAUGCGGCGGUUUGUACGCUUCACUCGGACAAGAAAAUCCAUUGCAUCCAUUGAAAACUUGCCAAGUAGAACUUACUGAAAACAUAUUAGAAGAUGUGUCCGAAGUUCAUGCGAUCCCGGACCUCUUGAACUCAUUCUUUCAUCUUAGCCCGGAAGUGGUUACCGCAACGGAUCAAGUGACUGAACGGGCGCAAGGGAAUGUGUUGGUUUGCAUCGAGGAUUUGAACCCCGUAGAAAAAGUUUGUUGUAAACAUCGAUUAUCACCAGUACAUGAAUCCACGGAAAGAAUUUCAAAGCCUAAUAUUCAUCUGAGUGCAAAGUCAUAUGAAUACCAAAAUAUGUCAAGCAAGGCUAAGUAUCCCCUAUUUAUUGAUGCUCGGUUUCUAGCAACUAGAACUGUCGACGCCAAUAUGGUCAUCGGAUCUGACAGUCUGAAUAUGACAGAUCUGGUUUCAAGUGUUCCGACUGUGAUCACCAAUACAUUCCGACCGAUUUCAACGGAAGAAACUCAAAUAACGGAAAUAGAAGAGGUACUGACAACGGACGAAAGUGAGUGCACCAGUUCUUCUUUCGAUAAACAGCAACCACCCAAAAGGUCACCCAUUUGUUGUCGCAUAGAUUUGCCUCCAAGAGAUAUUGAAAACCCAAUACGUAGAACCGAUUCAUCAGUGGUCGAUUUUAUACCUCCCUCUCCAUCCAGACAGAUAACUAGGCCCUCAGAAAAGAUAUGCAUGAUGGCUGGCGAUUCGAACGCAUCGCGAUGGACAAAAUCCGAUGCCUACGCUUCUGCCGGGGGAGACUUUGGACAAUUUCAUGAGGUGGUGAUUAGUUGGAAUACUACAGAAAACCAACCCCUGUUUGAGACUUAUGAGAGAACCGGUGCAGGGAAUCAGGUGCCGACAUUUUAUCCAAACAAAACCGGUACAAAUGCACGAAAUGAUUCAAAUAACUAUUCCCAUGAGAUUUGGGAGCAAAGGAACAAUCAUAAUGAGAACUUGCUUGAUCAGAAAUCGCGGGAGGAAGUCAAACUUCACCGAGUAUUAGAUCGUGAUGAGAGUGAACACUCUACAGGCCGUGUGAAACGUCGCAAUACUGAUGAAAACAAUAUUGAUACAGAAUUAUCACCUGUGGUUCAAACCACAUCGGAUAGGCGAUUGGUGGACAGUGACAACAGGGCAUUAGUGACGCACAGCGAUGAUAGCAGGGCGAUGCAUGCAAACAAUGAUCAAGGAUCCAAUGGUCUAAUGGAACAAACCCCACAAUCGCAAGCAGUCGAACCGGAGGCCAGUGCCGUACUAUCUCAUCGGAAUACAUCACUCCCGGUUGCCUUGGGAACUGGAAACAGUUUGCCGUCUCGUUUGAAUCCUACAACAAAUUUGCCGAGUAGGCCACAGCAAAAUGCUAUCCUGCCACGCGGUGGUGGUGACAAUCCCAGGCAAAGACGACGCGGACAAGGAAAUCACUUUGCGGAUACCGUACGCAAUGGUAGAAGACGAGUAGAUGGUGUACAAACACGUGAAUAUCGAUCCCGAAAUACCGCUCCUGCAUCUAUGCCUAUGGAACGGAAUCGAAACCGAUUGUUUAUUAAUGAAUUUAGAAAUUUGGCUGAUGAUACGUACGAUUCUAUCCUGGAACAGAUUCGUGUGCUAUUUGCUCCGCAUGAGGAACUGGGCUCAGGCGGUCGUUGGCGUACUCGAAUUCAUGUGCCUGGACCACAUAGUGGGGAUGUUACAGUCCAAAUUGAUCCGGAGUUCGCGGUGGAUACAAUCGACACGUUAUCACGACGAGCGCAGUCCACGGUGGAAACCAGACGUUUUUCUUCCAGCUCGAACAAUUUAGCCAUAGAGCCUUAA